GGAUUUGUGUAUAUUUUUAUAUCUAGCAAGCUCACUAAACUCUCAUGGUAACUUACCUUGUGAUUCUUUGGCUUUUAUAUCAUCUCUAAAUAAUGACAGCUUUUUUUUUUUUUUCCUUUCAUGUCUUUAUAUCCUUUUUUUUUCCUUGCCUUUCUUCCCUGGCCUGGACUUCCAGUAUAAUUUGCACCCUACUGGAAGUGGUGACAAUGGGCAUCGUUGUCAUGUUUCCAUUCUCACAGGGAAAGCUAUCAUUGUUCCUCCACUAUCUAGGAUGUUUGUUAUGGGGUUUUACAGCUACCCUUUGUCAGGGCAAGGGAGUCCCUUCCAUUCUUAGGUUGCUAAGAGUUUUUCUCAUGAGUGGAUCUUUUAGUUUUCUCUACGAGCCUAGACAGGAUGGUGUGACUUCCUUUUUUCCAUUAAAGUGAUAGAUGAUGCUGAGUUUUCCAAUGCUGAACGGACCCUGUGCUCCUGGGAGAAAACAGGCUUGACUGUGUUGUAUUGUCUUUUUUAGAAGCUGCCAGAUUCAGUUUGUUACUCAUGUAGGAUUUUUGUGUCUAUUUUUCAUGAAUGAGAUUGCCCUGUCCUUUUUUUUUUUUUUUUUUCAUAUUUCCCUUACCAGGUGUUGGUGUCAAAGUUAUAAUUGCCUCACAGAACCAGUUGGGCAGUCCCCUCUUUUUCUUGUUCUGAGUUUGUGUAAAAGUGGAACUCUUUGUUCCAUACAUGUAUGUUAAAACUCACGGGGGAUGCCGUCUGGGCCUGGAGUUUGCUCUGUAGGAAGGUCGACUCCUGAUGAGCUUGUUCUUUCAUGAACCUCCCAUCCUCCCAGACCAGACCACCUCACCAGUGGACCAUGGUGGCACCCUAAGGGGCACUGCCCCAGGCCUCCUCCCCAGCCAGUCCUCCUGAUCCUAGCUCUCUACCGGUCCCCACUGUCCCCUGAUAAAAUCUAGAUUUACCGUCAGACUCAGGGCCCUCACCUGUGGCCAAACCACUUGCCUAUCCCACCCUUCUGCUGUGUCCUGCUGAACUGGAGGCAGGCCUGGGCCUCCUGUGCUGGAGCCUCCGCCCACGUGUGGCCCAUCCAGACUCCUCCUGCCUCUAGGGCCACCUCUUCCGGGAAGCCUGCCCCCUUCCCUUUAACUGCAGGGCCCUGUGUCCUAUAGUUCCCAUUUUCCACAUAUGAUCAAAACCGCUGUGAAGUAGAAUUAGAAUCACUCCCUGAGUACUCAAGUAAGUGAUCCGAGAGGAUGGGUAUAUGCUUCCAAUCAUUUGCUUAUUCUGUCAACAAAACAUGCGAAGCUCCAGGCACCAUGUGGAGCUGGAAUACAUCAAUAACCAAGACUCCCAGCUCCCAGUCUCCAGAGCUCUCCAGUGAGUGGAAAUAAGACAGCUUUCACUCGACAGCUAAGUACCCGGCCAUCAAGGCCCUGAUGCGGCCGGACCCGCGCCUCAAGUGGGCGGUGCUGGUGCUGGUGCUGAUGCAGCUGCUGGCCUGCUGGCUGGUGCGCAGGCUGGCCUGGCGCUGGCUGCUCUUCUGGGCCUACGCCUUCGGAGGCUGCGUGAACCACUCGCUGACGCUGGCCAUCCACGACAUCUCACACAAUGCGGCCUUUGGCACGGGCUGCGCGGCGCGCAACCGCUGGCUGGCCGUGUUUGCCAAUUUGCCUGUGGGUGUGCCCUAUGCCGCCUCCUUCAAGAAGUACCACGUGGACCACCACCGCUACCUGGGUGGUGAUGGGCUGGACGUGGACGUGCCCACGCGUCUGGAGGGCUGGUUCUUCUGCACGCCCGCCCGUAAGCUGCUCUGGCUGGUGCUGCAGCCUUUCUUCUACUCGCUGCGGCCCCUCUGCGUCCACCCCAAGGCCGUGACCCGCAUGGAGGUGCUCAACACGCUGGUGCAGCUGGCGGCCGAUGUGGCCAUCUUUGCCCUCUGGGGGCUCAAGCCCAUGGUCUACCUGCUGGCCAGCUCCCUCCUGGGCCUGGGCCUGCAUCCCAUCUCGGGCCACUUCGUGGCUGAGCACUACAUGUUCCUCAAGGGCCACGAGACCUACUCCUACUAUGGGCCCCUCAACUGGAUCACCUUCAACGUGGGCUACCACGUGGAGCACCACGACUUCCCCAGCAUCCCAGGCUACAGCCUGCCCCUGGUGCGGAAGAUGGCGCCCGAGUACUACGACCACCUGCCGCAGCACCACUCGUGGGUGAAGGUGCUCUGGGAUUUUGUGUUUGAGGACUCCCUGGGGCCCUACGCCAGGGUGAAGCGGGUGUAUAGGCUGGCAAAGGACGGCCUGUGAGCCCGGGCUGCCUCCUGGUGGCGGUCAUCGUCCCCCACCGGCCCCUUGGCCUCACGCCCCAGCACCGAGGGGCUGCGUUUCCUUCCUGUACCCUGGACUGCUGCCCUUGUCCCCGAGGAGUGUCCUGGGCAGCCACACCUGGAGACAGCAGUGUGGGCUUCAGGGCUCCACCUGCACGUGGAGUUGCCCUGGACCUUCAGCGUGGCCCUCCCUGUCUGGGCCUCACCAGGUGAGACCUGGCCCUGCCCCAUCGUGACCUGCAUGCUCUGAGCCCACGGUCCCCACGGAGCUGACUUCUCUGGGGUGCCUGUGCCCUACAUUAAACCCAGCGUUUCUUUCACAGCC